AUGUUUGGAAACCUUCAAGGAACUAACAAUACUCAAACAUAAUAGCAAGGCAAUCCAACUUCUUCAAUUUUCAAUAAUCCUCCACCUGCCAACAAUUUAUUUGGCUAAAAUCAAAAUCCCUUAGGAUAAUAGUAACAACCAUAAGGAAUUUUUGGAUAAACACAAUAAUCUAAUCUCUUUGGAAAUAAUACAUAAUAAACUGGAAUGUUUGGAUAGCCAUAAUAAUAAUAAUAAUAAUAAUAAUAACCACUUUUAGGAUAAUAAUAAUAAACAACAUUAACAGGAUAAUAGCAAUAACCAAAUUCAAUAUUAGGAUAACCACAAUAAUAAACACUAUAAUUAGGAUAAACAUAACAAAACAAUGUAUUUGGAUAAAAUCAAUAAUAACAACCAUUAACUUUAGGAUAAUAAACAUAACAAACUUAACCAACAACAUAAUAACAACCUGCAUAACCUAAAAAUUACACAUUAAAUUAAAUUAAUUAAUAAACUAAAAUACAUAUUGAAAAUUUGACUAAAGCAAUAGCAAAUAAAGAGAAGAUUGAUAAAAAUUAAAAAAGUUUAUAACUUAUUGAAAAGAAUUCAUUGAAAAAUAUUUAACAAUAAUAAUAACAAAUUACUCUUGGAAUUAAUCCAUAAUAAUAAUAAUAAUAAUAAGUAUAAAGAAUUUUAGUGAAAGGGGAUCGAAGAAAUCAUACUUAAAGAGUUGAAAAUUAUUAUAAUGAAUGGAAUAAAGUGUUUCUUAAUAUCAGCAAAAAAUAAGAUGAAACACAUGCCUAAUUAAUUGCUUUAGUUGAUUAACUAACUUAAUAAGACACAUCAUUUGGUAUUAUUAUUAUUAAAUUUAGAUAUUGAUGAAGAAUCACUCAUUGAUUCUAUUAAAUAAUUAGGGAAGGAUUUAGAUGCUCUAGAACGUAAAAUCAAUUAUGUAGUUAAAAUAUAAGAGAAAAUUCUAGGAUUGGAAAAGGAAGAAUGUGAAUGGGAUCAGAUAGUCAAUAAUUUAAGUGAAUGUUUAUUACAUUUAGAUUAAUAAACUGUAUAUAUUCAUCAUAAUUCUUAGAAAGAUGUUGAAGAUUUAUUAUUAUAAGCUGAAAAGCAUCCUAAAGUACAAAAUAAAUGA